AUGACAGCGGGAACAGUUGUGAUCACUGGCGGAAUCCUAGCUACAGUGAUCCUCCUCUGUAUCAUUGCUGUCCUGUGCUACUGUAGGCUCCAGUAUUACUGCUGCAAGAAGAGCACAGAUGAUGAGGAUGCUGAGGAGGAGGAGGAAGAGGAGGAACAUGACCUUUCCAUCCAUCCCCGAGCCUCCACCUGCAAUGCCUGCAGCUCCCAAGUCCUGGAUGGCAGAGGCAGCCUGGCACCGCUCACCAGCGAGCCUUGCAGCCAGCCCUGUGGGGUGGCCAGCCACUGCACCACCUGCUCCCCGUACCGCACCCCCUUUUACAUACGGACAGCUGACAUGGUGCCCAAUGGGGGCGGAGGCGAGAGGCUCUCCUUUGCCCCUACACAUUACAAAGAGGGGGGAACCCCAUCCCUCAAAUUGGCAGCACCUCAGAGUUACCCGGUGACCUGGCCAAGUUCUGGGCAUGAGGCCUUCACUAAUCCAAGGGCUAUUAGUACAGAUGUAUAAUCCUUUCACCCCGGUCUGCACACACCCAACACUGUCCCAGCAGGAGCAAUGGAGUGGUGGGGGGGACCUUCCAAUAGCCCCACAGGAACCAUCUCAGUUUCUCUGGCUUCCACAGCAGAGGGUUCACUAGGAUGUGAGCUAGUGAAUGCAUUGAGGACCAGGGCGGGACCUGUGGCCCGGAAGUGGCGACUUGAUAAGUCUGCAAUGUCACCAGUUUCUCUCUGGAGAUUUCCCUCUAACAGCCAAGCUCUACCACAACCCCUUCCAGUAAGCCUAAACCCCUGGCUUUGCUGGGCUGUGCAAAGGAGCACCAGGGAAGGCUAAGCAAAGGCUCUGGAGACUUCCAGAGACCUUGAUGAAGAGGGUAUGCCUAGAAGAAAUGGACACAAAGGGAAAGGUGAGGACUAGACAUUCCAGGAUUUGAGAGGAGAGAGAGGAAAAAACUGUU